CCCACGUUACGCAACGGCCCAAGCCACACAGCCGCAAAACAACACGGCCAAGGACCCGUCAGCCCCCGCCAAGAACAACAGAAAAAGCGCGCCUCGUGGCCGAAAGCCCCCGAGAAGUCGUGGGCCAGCCGGCCGCCGCCGUCGUCGCGCAACGCGGCUUUCGAAAGCCCCCGUCCCACACUGACGCGUACCGCGCCGAACUCUCGCCUCACAAUCUCCUCCUUGUGGGCAUCGCGAUAAAAAACCCGAGGCCUCCAUGGUCUCGGCUCUGCAGGAGCUGUGGGCCCUGUGGCCGCCUUUCAGUGCUCCAGGAGUACGCGUACGCAUAGAUCGAAUACGCAGUCGUCGCAGCAUUAAAAUUAUUGUCAGCUAGCGUCGCGCACGGCAAACCGAGCUCUCGUGGCCCUCAAAGAGCUCCAAAGCAGUCAGUGCAUGAGAGCCGCGCUCCUGUUGCGCGUCGUACUGGCAAAAAUGGCGCACGAGCAACCCUUCAUGGCGGCCACGCCGCCGCCAGGCCCGCUGGACUACAGCCACUCGCACCCGUGCGUGAGAUGGUUCCGCUCGACGACGUUACCGCUGCGCGUGCCCCUCGCAUUACUGAAGGGCAAGUGGCGGGCGCGGGUGUGCGGCGCAAAAAGGCCGACGUGGAAUCCGCGCUUCGAGGCCUAUGUCACGGCCCUGCGGUCGGCCACGAAGAACGCCCCCAGAGACGUGGGCCUGCUGCGGGCGGCGACCUCCGUGAGCGUCCCCGGCCCCUUAUUACCGGCCGGAGUCCUGCGCUGCACGGAGCGAUUGACGCGGCCGGACGGCUCCGAGCUGGCCGUCGAGUUCGUCUGGCCGCGCGCGGCGACGCCGAUGGCGGAGCUGUCUAGAAAGUGGAGCACGACGUCGGCGCAGACGACGCCCGACGUCGUCCGGACGACCGAGUUCCGCGAGCUGCUGCGGACCGCGCCGGCGCUCGUGCUCGUCCACGGCGGCGCGCACUGCCUCUGCGGCCGGGGCACGCACCGCGAUUUAGCCUUCAGACUCGCGCUCGCGACCGGCGGCGUGAUCGCCAGUGCAUAAAACAAAUGUCGCGCCCACAGCUGAAUCACGACCUCCACGCCAUCGACGCGACGCCUGCUCGACGGCUAGUCCGACAUCACUGGUUGAUUUGCGCACAGGUGAUCGUGAUGCCCGACUUCCGGCGCCCGCCGGACGCGAGCAGUGCGGACGCUCUGGACGACGUUCGCGCGGCCUACGAGCGCGUCCUGGAGCUGGGCGCGUCGCGAGCGUGCGUCGGCGGCGAUUCCGCCGGCGGCGGGCUCGCGCUGGCCUUCGCGAUCAAGAUUCGCGACGCCGGCGCGACGCCGGACGGGCGCGACGGCGCCUGGCGCCUGGCGCCGCCGGCCGGGUGCCUCGCCAUCAGUCCGUGGGUCGACCUCGGCGAAGAGCGUACUGGAGGCUCGCGGCUCUCGAACGAGCGGUGGGACUUCCUACCCGGAGACAUGAUCGACCUGCUCGCGCGCGAGACGGUCGAGGCGUCGGGGUCUGAUGCGUCGCACUCGCCAGUCAAGUUCGACCUCCACUCCUUGCCUCCCACAUUAAUCCAGACGGGCCAGUGCGAGGUUUUGCAUGAUCAACAGGUGAGACUCUGUGCGGAAAUCAAAAUUUCACGGCGCGAUUGUCCUGAAUCGUCGCGUCGAUCUCCACGCCAUCGACGCGACGCCUGCUCGAUGGCGUGGCGGUGUCGGUUCCUCACCGCUCGACGGAAGUGCACCCAACACACUGGUUGAUUUCCACACAGGUGAGACUGGCCCGAGCGGCGGCGGCGGCGGGUACGCCGACGACCUUGACCGUGUUCAGAGAUAUGCCGCACGUCUCGCCGAUCUUCUCUUUCUGCCACGAGACGCCGCGGACGGCGCUGCGCCAGGCCGGCGCCUUCGUGCGCGCGUGCUUGGGCACGCAGCGCCGGCGCGGCGUGCUGGUGGACGUCGUCUCGGCGCGCGGCCUGCGGCGCGGCCUCUUCGCCAAGGCGCCGCGCGUGGGCGUCGCGCUGCUCACGGGCGACGGCGGCCGCGGCGAGUUUGUGUGGACGGACCGGGCCGUCGCCGGCGAGAUGGAGACCUACGCCUUCGGGCGGCGCGGCACGCGGGGCAACGUCGUCGUGGCGCUCGAGGACGGCGAGCAGGCGCGCCUGCUCGUCGUCGUCGAGCGGCGCGGCGUCGUCGCGGAGACCAUCGUCGACGUCGUGGAAGGCGAUGUCACGAAGGCCGAGUACGCGCUCGACGGCGCCCAGCCGGUCAUCCUGGCGGCGAGCGUGAGCUACGUCGACGACGAGUCCUUCGUGCUUCCGUCGGGCGUGGCGACGGAGCCGGCCGACGCGCUGCCGCCGCACGAGGCCCACCCGCUACCGGCCCAUCGAACGCCGUUUCCGAAGCCCCUAAUGUGAUGUUAAGUCGAUGUAUACAAAACUUACAUAGCGCGUGUCUAGCUACAGCUGGUCACGUGUCUAUGUGUCGGCGUUUUCUGUGAAUUUGGUGUGAAUUGCGGGGGUCGUAUGUACAAAACCUCUUUCGAAUUGGCCGGGCGCCGCGCCCGGCGGGUGAGAUGAAUUG